AUGGGCGGAUGGAAGGACAUCCGUGUGGCUAGAUGGAUACUGGACGGACACACGGCCGGGAUCAGACCCCACCCUCUGCCCCCUCCAGGCCGCAAAUUCAUCAUCGCCAACGCGCGGGUGGAGAACUGCGCCGUGAUUUACUGCAACGAUGGCUUCUGCGAGCUGUGCGGCUACACGCGGGCCGAGGUCAUGCAGAAGCCCUGCACCUGCGACUUCCUGCACGGCCCCCGCACGCAGCGCAGCGCGGCAGCACAGAUCGCCCAGGCGCUGCUGGGCUCCGAGGAGCGCAAGGUCGAGAUCUGCUUCUACCGCAAGGACGGCAGCUGCUUCCUGUGCCUCGUGGACGUGGUGCCGGUGAAGAACGAGGAUGGAGCCGUCAUUAUGUUCAUCCUCAACUUCGAGGCGGUGAUGGAGAGCGAACGGCCGCGCUCCCCCCCCGCAGACACCAACCACUGGGUCACCCCCGGCGCCUGGAUCCCGGCAG